GAACUCAAUUCCUUAUGAUUCUAACCAACCAACCAACCCAUUGAAUCAUCAUCCAACAUUUCAACAAAAUAUUUGGGUUUAAUCUUAAUUCUUCAUACAACAUUCCAUUUGAUCAAUGGUCUGAAUCCCAAUUCCAUUUCUGCAUGCAUAUAUUUUCCGAUGGAUUCAUCGGUUUCUGCCACCAUCUCCACCGUCACUCUUCCACCACCGCCGCCGCCACCACCACCGUCGUCUUCUGCCUCCGACCCUCUUCUCCCACAUGCUUCAUCCCAGGAAGAUCAAUAUGUAGCAUCCAUAACAGAAGAGCAUGAAGUAACCUGUUGGGGGUGUGGAUUAAUCUUGAUUCUUUCACCCUACACACCCAUUUUCAAAUGCGGUUGGUGUGGAGCCGUAACGAAUCAUAAUUCAGUUAAAGGCGACAACAGUCACUUUUGGUGGAGACGUUUGCGAGACAGAUGUUUCGUCUGUAUUCUCCUGCUAUUUAUGUUCUUCAUUAUAGGUGGCGGUAUCUGGGCUAUUUAUCCCAUUGUUUUUUCCAGAAGUUAUUUUUGCGGCGUGCUUCAUAUAACUAUAUCGGUUAUGUUAUCGAUAACGACACUUUGCACUUACAUCCUAUCGGCAUUUCGGUCUCCUGGUGCACCACCACUCAUACCUUGGGGUAGCUAUCCAGCUGUCGGGAAAGGUGGACUUGAAGGCUACACGUUUUGUAACUACUGUUCGAAACCAAAAUCGUCUAAUAGUCAUCAUUGUCGCUCGUGUGGCAUGUGUGUAUUGGAUAUGGAUCAUCAUUGCCCCUUUAUUGGGAAUUGUGUUGGUGCUGCAAAUCAUCGAGUCUUUAUCCUCUUCUUAAUCUCAGCAGUGAUAAGUAACUUUUACGUUUCGAUCAUAUCUUCAUACGCAGCAUAUUACAUCUGGCCACCGAUAAGAAACCUUCCUAUAUCGGUUUUAAGUGGGUCCACCGACUACAUGUUGGUGUACGGAUUCCUGAAGGAAAUAGCUUUCGCGUUCUUUGCGUCGGUAGAAUCGUUAUCCCUCCGAGGUUUUGUUCUUGUUUAUCUAUUUAUCGCAGGCGUUUCAGUGGAAAUCGGGUUAUGUGUGCUUUUAUGGCAGCAAAUGUCUUACAUAUACGAAGGGAAGACGUAUUUAAUUCAUUUGAGUUCUCGUGGGACCAACCGAAAUGGCAAGAAAGAUUGCCAAAAUAUUGUUCGGUUCUUCGGGUGCCCUUAUUCGGCAACUAGAUGUCUGCUAGGGUUUUGGAAUGCUAGAAAGAUACACACAAAGUGAACCAUAUUGUUCUCGUUAACGUAACCAACGUACGCAUGAGUAGGUCCGUCGUCACGGGGCCUGCUUGUUUUAUGCUGUGAAAGUAAGAAAGUUUUUGAUUUUUCAGUGGAGCAUAAGAUAUGAUGUUUUGUAUGUGUUCUAAAAACUCUUUUUUUGUUGGGUAAAUUUUUUUUUUUUUUUAA